AUGGCGUCAGUAUAUGCCGGUCAUCCCUUUAACUCGUCGUUCUCUUACCCUUUAGUCUUAAUUCUAGUCUUUAUCUCCUUAUUGCUCUGUCCUGCCUCCGCUGUGCCCCGAAAGCUCGCUGCCCUGGUCAAGGAGCCACCCCUGGUUCUCCGAUACCACGCCGGCCCUCUCCUCAAGGGAAAUGUUACCCUUAACCUCCUCUGGUACGGCCGCUUCUCACCUUCUCAGCGCGCCAUCGUCGUCGACUUCCUCCGUUCCCUCUCGCCCACACAGCGCUCGCUUCCGCUGCCACCCUCGGUGUCCUCUUGGUGGAGCACCACUGAUGCCUAUGGACAUGGGAGGAAGACGGUGCUCUUCCUGGGCCGCCAGGUGCUCGACGGAGGAUGCUCUCUCGGAAAGUCCCUCAAUUCCGCUGACCUGGUUACGCUAGCAGGAAAGGCUGGGGGCGGUGCCGCCGCCAUUAACGUGGUUCUCACCUCUGCGGACGUGACUGUGGAGGGCUUUUGCAUGAGCCGGUGUGGCACCCACGGCGAGUGGCGCCGGGAGUCCCCCUUCAUCUGGGUCGGCAACUCGGCCAGCCAGUGCCCGGGACAGUGCGCCUGGCCCUUCCACCAGCCCAUCUACGGCCCCCAGACUCUACCUCUGGUGGCGCCUAACGGCGACGUCGGGGCGGACGGCAUGGUGAUCAACCUGGCGUCGAUGGUGGCGGCGACGGUGACGAACCCUUUCAAGAGCGGUUUCUUCCAGGGGCCCAAGGAGGCGCCGUUGGAGGCGGUGUCGGCGUGCCCGGGGAUUUUCGGCACGGGGGCGUACCCGGGCUACCCUGGAAAGCUAAUGGUGGACAGCGCCAGCGGCAGCAGCUACAACGCCAACGGUGUGGCCGGCCGGCGGUACCUGCUGCCGGCUAUGUGGGACCCCCGCAGGUCGCGAUGCACGCCGCUCGUGUAA